CUAGCACGAAGGCGCAGGGGGAGAGCUGUCAUUCUCGCAGAGUUUCAGAUGACCCUGGCGCGCCGCAGACGCAAGUGGAAGCGCUCCAAGAAAACUGGAAGGAAAACCUGCGCUUUGACGGGCAGAAAAAAAACGUCACAUUAGAUCUUCACAAGCGGGUCUGCGAUCCAAGAUAAGCGUCAUAACCCCGGCGAACAUUUGGGAUCUAUGCGAGUGGUACUACUGUCGAUCAGUUCUGUCGAUUUUGAAGUGACCGGAACUGAUUACAGCUGCAAACACUACAAUAUAUAUAUAUAUAAUUCUGAACGCAGAUCUAAGAAUUUAUGCGUUUAUGUUAGUCAUUAGUACUUGAUCAUAUGAAGAUAACUCUUGCUUCAUUGUUGCACGUCAAUAGUGGUGAAAUCGGGUAUAAAUUAUUACUGAUGUGUAGUAAUUGUAUGCGUCAUUAAAACUGAUGGUUUGCAUUACGUGGUUUAUUUGGAGGUUACUAUAGGCUAAAGAAGGUUGCCGCUCGUUGUCCUUAAUGUGCAUUUCUGAAGGGGAGGUAAUAAAUACAGCGUGGACACACCCGCGGGCUAUGGUCCCCAACAGCUCGAAAACUUCGGCCAAAGUACCGGAUCUCUUUGAGUUUUGGUACAACUCCGCGCAACCUGACUGCACCUAUAGUCCACAGAUGUUUAAACAUUUUGAAUGACAGAUUGCGUUCAAAAAGCUGGGAGCCUUGGAGGAGAGGACACUUCCGAGAAGAGGGUGGCGAAACUUUUUUUUUUUUUUUUUUUUUUUUUUUGCGUUUGAAGACACCACAGACUGCUGUUAAUCUGGUGUUUUAGAUUUAUUGUGUGUUCCGCCUCUUCAGGCAGUUAACAAGGACCAAUUCGGCGGUCCUCAGGUGACGGUCAACCAUCUGCGUCUGUUGCAUCCUACAGAGUGUUAAUACAUUGUCACAGUGAACAUGGCAUUACAAUGGGAUAACUGGCUCACGGUGCUGUGGAGAUGGACAUUUAUUCCCUCACUUCUGGUACUUUUUCUUCAUGGGCCAUAUACUCUUGGAGAUGGUGAUUCCUUCAGUGCAGAGUCCUGGCUCCGGAUGUAUGGCUACCUCCCUCAGGCCAGUGGGCAGAUGUCCACCAUGCGCUCGGCUCAAAUCCUGUCCAACGCCAUCAGUGAAAUGCAGAGAUUCUAUGGUCUGCAGGUCACAGGACAGAUGGAUCCAUCAACUAUAAAAGCCAUGAAAAGACCACGCUGUGGGGUUCCUGAUAAAUUUGGUGGUCAAAUCAAGACAAAUGUUCGCAGGAAACGCUAUGCUCUCACUGGCCACAAGUGGGACAAAACUCACUUGACUUUCAGUAUACAGAACUUUACUCCUAAGAUUGGGGAGUACAAUUCAUAUGAGGCCAUCCGUAAGGCCUUUAAAGUCUGGGAGAAGGUAACACCGCUGACCUUUGAUGAAAUUCCUUACCUGGAGGUCAAAUACGGCCGCCGUAAGGAACCUGACAUCAUGAUCUUCUUCGCCUCUGGCUUUCACGGCGACAGCUCGCCAUUUGAUGGAGAAGGUGGCUUCUUGGCACAUGCUUACUUCCCGGGUCCGGGAAUGGGCGGAGACACACACUUUGACUCUGAUGAGCCAUGGACAAUUGGCAACCAGAAUUUGCAAGGCAAUGAUCUGUUUCUGGUGGCGGUGCAUGAGCUUGGCCACGCCCUGGGUCUUGAGCACUCCAAUAACCCCAUGGCCAUCAUGGCUCCCUUCUACCAGUGGAUGGACACGGACAACUUCCAGCUUCCAGAGGAUGAUCGCAGAGGAAUCCAGCAGAUCUAUGGGGCAUCUGACAGUUCCCCAACUCGGGCUCUCCCCACUGUGACACCACGCCACCCCAUUGCCCCUGGAGCUCCUCCCCGCCGUCCAGACAGGCCCCGCACCACGGACCGCCCAGAUCAGUACGGCCCCAACAUCUGCGAGGGCAACUUCGACACGGUCACCAUGCUUAGGGGAGAGAUGUUUGUUUUUAAGGGUCGCUGGUUCUGGAGGGUGAGGAGGAACCGGGUGCUGGAUAAUUACCCCAUGCCUAUUGGGCACUUCUGGAGGGGCCUGCCAGGGGACAUCGACGCAGCAUACGAGAGACACGAUGGCAGAUUUGUAUUUUUCAAAGGAAGCCAGUACUGGCUUUUCCGGGAAGCCAAUCUAGAGCAAGGCUAUCCUCAAUACCUCUUCGACUAUGGCAGAGACAUCCCCUAUGACAGGAUAGAGACAGCUAUCUGGUGGGAGCCAUCAGGGUAUACCUACUUUUUCAAGGGAGACAGAUACUGGCGCUUUAAUGAACAGUCGCGAGUGGUGGAUCCAGAUUACCCAAAGCCAAUCAACGUGUGGGGCACAUCAGUGCCCAUCUCUCCCAAGGGAGCCUUCCUCAGCGAUGACGGAGCUUACACAUACUUCUACAAAGGCACCAAGUACUGGAAAUUUGACAACCAGCGCAUGAAGAGCGAGCCUGGCUACCCCAAGUCCAUCUUGCGGGACUUCAUGGGCUGCAGCGUGGACGUGGAUCCCGAUAGGGACACGGACGUGGACCCUGGUCGCAAGUGGCCCGACAGGCCGCCCUUUGACCCAGACGCCGGGCGAGACGCAGACAAGGAGGAAGACAAGGACCGCGAGCACACAGAUGACGUCGACCACAAGGAGGGCACAGAAGAGGAGACAAACGAGGUGGACGUGGUCCUGAAGAUAGAUGAGACGGAGCGCACCAUGAACAUCAUCAUGGUGACCGUGCCACUGGUCCUGGUGCUGUGCAUUCUGGGACUGAUCUAUGCCAUCAUCAACACGCUGCAGAGGAAAGGAGCGCCCAAGUACCUGGUGCACUGCAAGCGCUCCUUGCAGGACUGGGUUUAACUCUGACCUCUGACCCCUCUGAUCUCUCUUCCCUCAGCCCAUGUCCUAGUGUAUUUUUUUGUUAUGGACGCACAUGCGCGUGCGCGCACGCACACACACACACACACACACACACACACA